UUAAUAUAGCUCUGGCCUCAGCUGGAGUGACUGUCGGCUGAAUCCUAGGUGCUGUAGGGGCCUCUCAGAGCACAGGACACUUGUCCAUAGCCGCCUGCUUCUCUGCUGCUCUGUGAGGACAGCACUAACCACCAUGUCCCAACACAGCCAAGACUCAGAUUCGGAGGAACUGUUUGCAGAUAUUGAUGAAGAUGAGAUUUUGGCCAAUCUGUCUCCGGAAGAGCUAAAAGAGCUCCAGAGUGAAAUGGAGGUGCUGGCACCGGAUCCCAAAGUACCUGUGGGAAUGAUACAAAAGGACCAGACAGAGAAACCUCCAACAGGACAGUUUGACCACAGAUCCCUCAUUGGAUAUCUACAUUGGGAAAAGGAAUCCAAGCGUAUGUUGGAGGAAGAGAGGGUUCCUGUUACCCUUCUACCAUCUGCGAGAACAACUGCCAGAGCGGAGAACGAGAAGUCAGAUUGUCCGGCCGAUAACGUAGCUGAACAAGCAACAGUAGAAGAGAGUAAGAAGGAAAUAUUGGAAGAAAAUUGUGACUCGGACAGCUCGAAAGGAACAGGUGAUGUACAAGAGGAGGUGGAAACAAAGCAAAGCUUGGAAACAGAAGAGGAGACAGAAAAAAAAGAAAAUGGGGAAAUCGAUUUAGAAGAUGAGAUACAGCCAAUAGCUCAACAGAACGGGGAGGUGACAGAGGUCGUAGAGAAGGAGACAGAGAUAGAACAGGAUAAUAACAGCUCUUCAAUCAAUACCGACGUUCCAGAUUCCACUGAAAAAACUGAAGACAAAAAGCCAGAAGAGAAGGUCUCCAAAUUAAAUAUACCAAAGAAAUUAGCGGUAGACUCUAGUUUCAUUAAAAUGACUGCCAGGCCUUCUGGCAAUCAGACCAACUUGGACAGAACACUGCAGGCCAUACGAGAAAACCGUCCAGACGUGACAGAAGUUAACUUAAACAACAUUGAGAAUAUUCCAAAACAAAUGCUGAUUGACUUCAUAAACUGCAUGAAGAAAAACAAGCACGUAAAGACUUUCAGCAUGGCAAAUGUAGGAGCUGAUGAGAACACCGCCUUCACCUUGGCCAACAUGUUGCGAGAAAACAGAAGCAUCAUCACCUUAAACAUCGAGUCCAACUUUAUCACCGGCAAGGGGAUUGUGGCCAUCAUACGGUGCCUGCAGUUUAACGAGCAUUUGACCGAGUUGAGGUUCCACAAUCAAAGACACAUGUUGGGCCACCAUGCUGAGAUGGAGAUCGCAAGGCUUCUGAAGGCUAAUAACACGUUGCUGAAAAUGGGCUACCAUUUUGAGCUGCCUGGCCCGAGAAUGGUUGUGACCAAUUUGCUAACUAGAAAUCUGGACAAGCAAAGGCAAAAAAGGAAAGAGGAUCAAAAACAGCAGCAGGUCAAAGAUCAAGAAGAGAUUAUGACAAUGCUAGAGAAUGGCCUGGAGUUUGGUAUCCCUCCAGAACUUUGGGCAAUGUUGAACCAACCCCCACCUCCACCUCCUACUAACUCCAGAAUGCCAACAAUCCCUGAGGAACCUAAAAUCCCUGCAGUGCCACUCAGAAAGAGUAAACAGAAUAAGCAGGCGCCUAGCUCACAGAACAUUUCUAAUCCCGAGCCUCCACCUUUCCAAGCAGUGAAGCUCAAAAAGUUUCAAAACAAGUCUGCAGCUCAAAAGUUAAGGGAAGAGGCAGAUAGAACCAGCUUGCGGGAUAUGAUACAAUUGAAGAGAGCUACUCCCAAGUCAGGCACAUCUCAGAGUUCAGAGCUGUCAGAGAAACCUAAUCUGAAGGACGUAAUAAAAACCCUGAAACCAGUGCCAAGAAGUCGCCCACCUCCUCGCGUUGACCUGACGCCAAGAGACGUGCUUUUAAAAGAUAUUCGGCAGAGUAACGUGGCCUAUCUUAAAGCGGUUCCGCUACCCAAAGAACUGGAGUCACCCCAGAACUGAGUAUCAGAAGCUCUUUACAUAUAGACUGUCCAAAUAUUGCUUCCAGUGAUCAUCUGAAAACAAUAGGGGAGAAUAUAGUUAGUUGUAUGGGAUCAACACAGCACAUGAAAGAGAAGAAUGAUUUGUAUGAAUUUUUAACACGGUAUCUGUAACCAACCUAUUCAGUGAAAGAGCACAAAAGAGACAUGUAGGGGUUAGGGAGGCCAUACUGGGAUCGGCGGGAUCCUGGGAUUUAGGACAAAAAUCGGCCGGGAUUCAAUCUGGCGGCCCUUUGUGUUUUUAAAGCCAGGCAGUGUUGAGCGUCCCCAGGAGACUCAGACGCUGCCCAGCUCCCCCUGCGCAGCGUGACGUGAAGUCAGAGGUCACGCUGUGCAGUCAACCACCCGCCAUCACCCGCCGCCGAGCCCGAAGGAAGUGUCCCAUCCGCCUGCCCCCAUAGUAUGGUGAGAUUUGUGGGUGGGGCGGGGCAGGUGGGGAGAGGUGGGGCGGAUGGGCAGACACACAGGAAAAAAGCCAAUCCCGGGUAUCCUGGGAAUCUCAGGAUUUACCAUUUUUCAAUCUUGAUACCCGGGAUUGAAAAAAUGGCCCAGGAUUGGCUACCCUAGUGGAGUGGGGGUAUAUUUAUUAAAAGUCAAUUUUGGGUCUAUUUAAAAUUGACCAGAAUAGAACCACCCUCAACUGAUCCAAAAAUUUACUCAAAGUAGACAAAAUUAUACAAAAGCAUUCCUAUUGGCCAACACGUCCCAUGCACUGUAUUACCCACAAACACCUUCAUUCCUGGGCUACUUUACAUAUCCACAAUAUUUUAAACCAUGAUUUAUGCAUCCAGAGUCCCCCACAUAAUUCUCUCCCAUGUUUUUCCCAUCAUAUUGAGGUUUCAGAAAAUUCCACAUGAAUUAAAAAUCAAAUUUCUGAUGGUUCUAUUGAAAAUGGUGAUUUUUGGUUGAUUUUUGGUUCUAUUGAGGGUCUAUUUUCAAAUCGACUCUUAGUAAAUGACAUUUUCCUACUGAUGUCUAUAGAGAAGUAAUGUUGGUCCAUUUGUAAUUUUAUUUGUGUGUGAAGUUGGAUUUCUGGAGAUUGAGUCGGUUUUUACUUUAGUAAUACCUGAUUGUCCAAUGCACCAACAAAUCAUCUUAAAAUGGACUGAAGCAGAAAAUUAACCAUUAGUAACUAUACCCCAUAGUGUGUAUUCUGUAAUGCAUAGGAUGGCAUUAUAUGCAGUGGUGCCAGUAAAAAGAUACCAAACCAUUUGGGUGACCACAGAUGCUUUUUGGACGAGGCCACUGUCAUCCUGAAAGACACCCACCUCCAAAAUUUGGCUUCACAGCUCAUGAUAACAGCAGUCAUAGGUAAACCAUAGCACUGCCAGGAGAUAUAUAACACAACUGUGUGGAGGUGGAGGGGAUAUUAGUUUAUAGAACAGGAUCAAAGGUCAUCCACACACAUGGUGGCAGCCAUUUUGUGGGCUCAGCUUAUAGUAUUAGAAGUGCAGAAUAUGAAUUUUCUAGGAAUCAGUGACACCAUAUGGCAGAAUUGAUAGGUUGCGCUCUCAUAAUAUGGAUUUGACCCAUCAAGUGCCUCAAUCAUCUCAUUGCUUUCCAGUGAUAGGCUUCAUUCCUAUGAAAAUGGCUUAAUUCCACAAAAUGGCUGCUUCCGUGUGCAUAGGCAAUGGUUGCACUAAAGUUCUGUCACAGUAUAGGAAGUUUUGUGAUACAAUGAUAUUCCUUCUGUAAUGGAACUAUCAACAUAUAACAUACUGUAUUCCAACGGCAGAUAUAUGGGUGCAUUUGGCAUGGAUAGCAGGAAAAUCCAAUUGAGGCCAUGUAAUUUUCUCUCAGCACAAACCUCAUGCACAUCAUGAAUUAGUGAGGAAAACUUUUAUUACAACAUAUUUGAAGCAGUUACAGAUAACAUCAACUAUUUGGUACCGAGCACCGCUGAUCCGCAACAUCUGGAAUUAAGGGAAAUCUGACAAGAACGAGAUACCUGGAUAUUUGGGAAGUGAAUAAUGUAUUCAAGUCUGAACAGAUGUUUGUUUUUUUUCCUUUUUAAAAGUGGUUGUGAACUAAGAAGAUGUCUGAGUGAUCACCGUAUUAGUUACCAUUUAUACAUGAAUACAGAAUUUUGUUAAAUGCAGAUGGCAACGAAUGUAAUAAAAUAUACUUUUUUUGCUUUA